AUGCAACAACAAUGCAAGAUAGACGAUAUAUUAUUGCACCCAUAUAUUGGUCUGUACACGAAAUAA